UUCUCUGUUCCUUUCUCCGCUUCUCAACAUUUUGACCUUCGCUGAGCUUCUCGGCCUCGGAGGAGCUCCCGCCCAAUAUGACGAGAAUGCCAUUCACAUUCACCUCCGCGCCCAUGGAGCUCGCCUAUUUCCUCUCCAAUUGGUGGGACGAGAUCAACGAGAACACCCGAUGGCAGGACGGCAUCUUCUACGCUCUCUGCGCUGCAUACGCCCUUGUCUCCUCCGUCGCUCUGUUUCAACUAAUAAGGAUUGAAUUGAGAGUGCCCGAAUACGGUUGGACUACGCAGAAGGUUUUUCAUCUUAUGAACUUCAUUGUUAAUGGAGUACGAGCAAUUGUUUUCGGAUUUCAUCAUCAAGUGUUUGCUUUGCACCCGAAGGUACUAAUAUUGAUCUUGUUGGAUCUUCCUGGACUGCUGUUCUUCUCUACGUACACACUUCUUGUUCUCUUCUGGGCAGAGAUAUAUCACCAGGCAAGAAGUUUACCAACAGAUAAGCUCAGGGUUGUUUAUAUUUCAGUCAAUGCUGCAAUGUACUUUAUACAGGUUUGCAUCUGGAUAUACCUCUGGAUAGACGACAACAGUGUAGUGGAGUUCAUUGGAAAGAUAUUCAUUGCAGCUGUGUCAUUUGUGGCUGCCCUAGGAUUUUUGAUAUACGGAGGAAGGUUAUUUUUCAUGCUGAGACGCUUCCCCAUUGAAUCUAAAGGGAGAAGGAAGAAACUUCACGAGGUUGGAUCUGUUACAGCGAUAUGUUUCACUUGCUUUCUCGUAAGAUGCUUUGUGGUUGUCCUAUCUGCUUUUGAUACAGAUGCAUCACUUGAUGUUUUGGAUCAUCCAAUUUUGAAUGUGAUCUAUUACAUGCUGGUUGAGAUCCUGCCUUCAGCUCUAGUCCUUUACAUCUUGCGCAAAUUGCCCCCGAAGAGAGUAUCAGCUCAGUAUCAUCCUAUCCGUUAGCCUGGUCUAUCUAUUCUUUGUGUUAAUUUUGCCCCCCCUAGUAAAAUUCUUUACGGAUUGGGAGUUUGGUGCUAAUGAAAUUGAGCGACAGUAGGAAAGCCAGAAAAACAGACCAGAAGCAGUAUUCUGGUGUGGCUCAUGAUGCCGGCAUUUUUUUAGAUGUAUGUAUAUUACACGGCUCUCCGGAGCUAGCCAAGGGAAAAUAGUUAAAUUAAUUCCAUGGUUAUUUUGACAGUUAGCGGUUUAUUUGAUCAACAUGUGACAAAAGGAAAUGUUCUUGUAAUUUUAUUGUAGGUGUUGUUUCUGUUUGUUUUUAGAGUUUCACAUCAUGGUUUGUUGAAGCAGAAAUAAUGCUUCUCUUUGCCCUCAGUAGACAAUUGAUGUGAUAUAAUAUAAAGUACAUUUUUUUAAUGCCCA